AUGGACAGCCUGGAGAAGCAGUUGAUCUGUCCGAUCUGCCUUGAAAUGUUCACCAAGCCGGUGGUGAUCUUACCGUGCCAGCACAAUCUCUGCCGGAAAUGUGCCAACGACAUAUUUCAGGCCUCUAAUCCCUAUUUGCCAACACGUGGGGGUUCUACAGUAGGUUCUGGCGGCCGGUUCCGCUGCCCGUCCUGCAGGCACGAAGUAGUUCUAGACCGGCAUGGUGUGUAUGGACUGCAACGAAACUUGCUGGUAGAGAACAUCAUUGACAUGUACAAACAGGAGACCAUCAGCACCAGCAGUAAGGUGGAACCAGAGCAGAAGCCAGGUGUGUUGAUGUGCGAGGUACAUGAAGAUGAGAAGAUUAAUAUUUACUGUGUUACUUGUUCCGCUCCCACCUGCUCUCUGUGCAAAGUGUUUGGAGCUCAUCAGCACUGUGAAGUUGCUCCACUCAAUACUGUCUAUGACAGUCAGAAGUUGGAGAUGUCAGAAAGUGUUGCAAUGCUAGUAGGAAACAAUGACAGAAUUCAAGCUAUCAUAACCCUGCUGGAGGAAAGCUGCAGAACUGUCGAGGAGAAUGGCCGGAGGCAGAAGUCCCAUGUGUGUGAGUCAUUUGAUCACCUGUAUGCACUGCUGGAGGAGAGAAAAGGAGAGCUAACUCUGAAAAUCAGCUCUGAACAGCAAGAGAAGCUUGACUACAUAAAGGGACUACAGCGCAGGUACACAGAGCACCUGGACAAAAGCGCUAAACUGGUGGAGACUGGAAUCCAAACAAUGGAAGAACCAGAGAUGGCAGUCUUUCUGCAGACUGCCAAACCUCUGCUACAGAAGAUAUCAGAGAGUAGGAACACCUCUCAUUUAGAAAAGUUGGAGCGUGGCUAUGAGAAUAUGGAUCACUUCACUGCCAAUUUCCAGCCAGAGAGGAGAGCCAUCCUCAAAAUUGAUUUCAUCAAAGAAGAGGAUGAGGCCGAGGAUGAUGAAGAAGAUGAUGACGAUGAUGAUGAUGAUGAUGAUAAAGUUGACGGACAGGCCAGGUCCCAAAGUCAGGCAUCUGGAGGAAUAAACCCCACACCUGUCCAGCAGAAACCUAUCCUCUCUUCAGACUCCACACCACCAGUACCCAGGACAUUUGCACAGACACCACCUCCAAGCCCUGCCCAAACAUUAAAUACCAACCCAACUUCAAGUCCUGCGCAAACAACAAACACCAGCCCAGGACACAAUGCACCCUUAACCAGCCCUACUCCAGGUCCUGCACAAACAACAAACACCAAUACAGCACAGAAUACACCCUUGGCCACACCCGCUCCAAGCUCAGCCCACAACCCUCCAUCCACUACAACCACAGAGGCCUCCUCCAAUCCUGCUGGUGCAGGUAGUUCUCAAAGCACAGAUGAAGGUCUACCUCGCCAUGUUUUCUCCUUCUCCUGGCUCAAUACACCCAAAUAACAUAACCUGGCUGCUGGCCUGCUUAGGCUAGACAGACUCUCUCAAGUUCUGCUUUGUUGCUGGAAAAUCAGUGGAGACAAUGUAACAGAUUUUAUUUAUGACUUUAUUGUGUGUGUGUGUGUCUUUCCCUCAAUUGAAGCUACAAAAAGGAUGUGCUAGUAAACUAUUAUAUUUCAAAAGGAA